CGUGCUAUUCCGUCAGCUAAGAAUUCGUCUCCCUGUUUGCCGUGUUUCACUGUGAUAAAUAAAAAAUGUCCGAGCGGUCGGAGCGUUCCAAGAAAAUGUCCUACAGCGAAAUAGUGCACAUUUUGGCACUAUACCGGAGAAACGGAUGCCUCUGGGACCUCCACCAUGAGCACUACAAAAACAAACAAAUGCGAAACAAAGCUUUCGAGAGCAUACGGAUUGCCACGAAUGCCGAAUCGACCGACGAGGUCAAACGGAGGCUCAAAAUCAUCCGCGAUACGUACAACAUCGAAAAGAACAAAAUGAAAAGGCCACGAGCAGGAACCAGCGAAACGUACAGUACAAAACUUUCCUGGUUCCUAAUAGCGGAUGAAUUCCUAUCGAGGUGCGAAACUAGAUGGUCAUCUUACGAGCCUGUGAAUUCAUCGCUCUUCGAAUACGAACCAACUUCGUCGGUUCAACCUGAUCGCUCAAACUCGUCUCCUGAGGACGAAUCUCCGGAAGAGCAGGACCAAACGGAAGUAACCGAAGUGCAGCAACAACACUGCAAACCUGAGUAUGCAAUAGAUUUCGAAAAUACCGAAAUAGUACCAGCCUGGCCAACCGGCAUUGAAAACUGUCAUACGUCGAAUCCAUCUCCUCAGACACCGGCACCGAAAGCGCGAACCCGUCCGGCACAACAUACCACGAAGCGUACUAGGAAAGAUGCAAACCAACAACCACCGGUGCCACACACCGGUUCAUUUCCGGAUCGGCUCGAAAGUAUCAACUCAGCGGCCCUUACGCCGUCCGUCCCGGACGAGUACCACUAUUUCGGACUGCACCUGGCAGCACAGUUCCGGCAGCUUCCGGUGCUGAAGGCACUUGCCCUGCAGGAACGAAUUCAAUCCAUGGUCUACAAAGAACGGAUCGAGUACGAAAAGAGUCAAUUUUGGAGCUCGCAAACACCACCCUUGCCAGGCGGGCAUCAACUGCAUCCGUACGAGAACAACAUCCAUCCAACAUGCAACGGGGAAGUCGAAGAAUACGGUCCCGACCAGAGGCUAAGUGACCUCGCUAUAGAAAUGUGUGUGGGUAAUGCUAUAAAAGAGGAGACCACGCCAAAUUAUUGACUGACGACAUUCCGAUGUUUUAUGUUCUGCUUCAUUGUUUUCAAUAGUGCAACGUUUAUUUCAGACAACGCGUAGAUUUUCACACAAUCGCUUAGCUUUAUGAACUUUUAAAACCUGACCACUUAUCAUGACAGAUUUUUUGGAAUGAUCCCCUAUAUCAGUUACUUUCCAGUAAGACGUAGUCAAAAUUAUAAAACCCUUCGGCUCUUUUUGGACAAUAAUAUUGAAAAAUUCCCAAGCGAUCAAAGCAACCUAUGCAAUCAAUUUUUCAUGUCGAAGUUUCUUUCAUUUUUUUUUUUUCUUUUAUAUUGGGGGGAAGACAUUUUUCUACAUCAAUAGUAAUUCUG